UGACUGUGGAACACUGUAAGAACCCCAUCCCUCUCCAAAGACGCUCUCAUGGCCGACACCAAUUCUACCAACCAACAGGAACUCCAAGCUCAAUUGUUCUUUCACUUGAUCAGCAAAGACGACAAGGAGGUGACCGACCUCUGCAGUUCUCAUCGUGAAGGCCCGCUACGGAGAAUAAGUGUUUACAAUGACACAGUCCUCCACAUGGCCUCUCGCUUCAAACGAAGUAGACUGGUACGCGACUUACUGGAAAUGUUGCCUGAAGAAUGCAACCAUAAACUUGCCGUUACAGAAAACAACGCCGGCAGCAAUAUACUCCACGAAGUAGCCGCCAGUGAUACUAUGAUAAAUGUGGCGGAGGAGAUGUUGAAGAGAGAUCCAGAGUUGCUAAUUGCGCGUAACGACUUAGGAGAGACGCCUAUUUUUUGUGCAGCCCGCUACGGCCAAACUGAAAUGUUUAAGUUUCUGGCUGGGGAAAUGAAACUAACGGAACGAAAUCCAGAAGAUGGUAAACAGUAUUUGCAGAGGAAUGAUAGAACAACAGUUCUUCAUAUUUCCAUCUUCACCGAGUGUUUCGAAUUGGCCCAUUUUAUUGCGGAGAGCUACUUAUAUUUAAUUGAAGAAAGAGAUCAAGAUUCAAUGACUGCUCUUCAAUAUCUUGCAUGCAAUCCAACUGCAUUUGAAAAGAAGAUAAAAACAAGACGAGGAUUCAUGGACGAACUCAUGAUCUCAACAGUACCGACACAAGGACUCAUGGAGAUGCUCAUUAACUCCAAGUGGCCCUCGAAGGACAACAUCAAGACAAGUGAUGAAAUGUGAGAUAUUAAAAGUUUUGAUUCUAUUCACUUCAAGGACUCGUUAAGCUUUUGGUAAAGAAUGAUAUAUCAUGGCAUGCAAGUGUUAAUUCUCAACAAGUUGGCUUAGGUGAGACUAAGGAGUUGGAUAUAGAAAAUGAAGAAAAAAUAUCCCAAGAAAUUGAAGGACAAAACUCCCAAGAAAAGAAAGGAUAAAAUUUCCAAGAAAAUGAAGGGCGAAACUACCAAGAAAGUUCAACCAACUACGAGUACAAGAAGAGCGAUGAAGCUCCAUUAUUUUUG